GGCGAAAUCCUUCAAUUUGCUGGUGGUUUGCAAUUUACCACAACACAACGGAGACUGCGAUUCUACAUCACGAUUGUGAACAUUUUAGCCGUAAUUAUGUAGAGAAUUCUGUAGAUAAUUAAUGGCUGUGAUGUUAAUGCGAAUAGCAUUUGAGACACAUGUGAAUGGAAUGGACUCACUGCGACCUUAAGAAACGAAAGAGAGAGAGACAGAGAGAGAGUUGGGGUGUUUGAGGGGGUUCAUCUAAAUGCGCAGCGCAUAUCAGGGAACAUUGUGAGUCUGCGCGGAUAACCGCCGGGUGUUGCAACACAAUAAAGAGAACAUAGCAAAACAGACCACGUUCCUUACUGAGAAUCUUGCGCGCUUCUUUUUCGUUUUCAUUUCUCACAACCACUCGUCUAUAGAUGUCCUCUCAUUUUUGUAGAGGGAGAUAAAAAGAGAGAGAGAGAGAGAGAGAGAGAGAGACGUUACUCGUCUGCUUAACUCACUAAGUUUUUCUGGUCGUCUUGACGGAAUGUUCCUGCACCAUCUCAACGUAUGUGACUGACAGCGCGAGACAGUCUGCAUUCGGCAUCGUGUUGACACGUCCUUUCGCGACACCUCCUUGCUGCAGGCACAGAUCAAAGAUGAUUUGAAGAACUGCUGCAGACUUCCAGUGAAUCUGUUAACCAACAUUUUCUAGUUCAUCUCUGCCACAGCUGAUCAGUGGAUAUUGUCGCUUCAGUGCUCCAGACAAAAUGGCUUCCAGUGUGAGAAAAUGUCAGCACCUGUUUUUUGCACUCAUCCUUUUGCCGUUGAUCUCCUGCAUGCACCCAGACUGUGUCAUUCAAUUAGAGAAAGAAAAGUGCAUGGAAAGGAUGGAAAUGGAUGAUCCUGCCAGCGAACCUGAAUUAAUAUGUAGUUGGAUGUGGGACAAUCUCACCUGCUGGCAGCCAGCUAGACUUGGUCAGGUGGUCUGGAUGCCCUGUCCUGAGUUAUUUGAAGUCAUGAGUGAAGAUAAGGAUGACUUUGGAAAGGUAAGCCGUAACUGCACAGAAUAUGGCUGGUCAGACAUGUUUCCUCACUACGUUGAAGUUUGCCCUUUUAAUGACAAUGGAACAAGCCCAGACAUGUACUACGUGUCAGUAAAAGCUCUGUAUACUGUUGGCUACAGCACCUCACUGGUGUCUCUCACUACUGCCAUGGUCAUUCUCUGCUGGUUCAGGAAACUACAUUGCACAAGAAAUUUCAUUCACAUGAAUCUGUUUGUGUCCUUCAUCCUGAGGGCAAUCUCAGUCUUUAUCAAGGAUGGUAUUUUAUAUGCAGAGGAGGACGGCAACCAUUGCUUUAUACACACCGUGGAAUGCAAGGCGGUGGUGCUUUUUUUCCAUUAUUGUGUUUUAUCAAAUUACUUUUGGCUGUUCAUAGAGGGUCUGUACCUCUUUACUCUUCUGGUUGAGACAUUCUUUCCUGAGAAAAGAUACUUCUACUGGUACACCAUUAUAGGAUGGGGUACUCCAACGAUAUGUGUGACGGUCUGGGCUGUCCUAAGAGCUCACUUUGAUAACAUCGGAUGUUGGGACAUUAAUGACAAUGCUGCCAUCUGGUGGGUGAUCAAGGGUCCUGUCCUUGCCUCUAUCAUGAUUAAUUUUAUACUCUUCAUUGGCAUCAUUAUAAUCCUGGUGCAAAAGCUGCAGUCUCCUGAUAUCGGAGGGAAUGAAUCCAGCAUUUAUCUGCGUCUGGCACGCUCCACACUUCUCCUCAUUCCCUUGUUUGGAAUCCACUAUACUGUUUUUGCUUUCACACCAGAAGAUGUCAGCAAGAGAGAAAGACUUGUGUUUGAACUUGGUCUUGGGUCAUUUCAGGGUUUUGUAGUAGCUGUCCUUUACUGCUUUCUCAACGGAGAGGUGCAGUCAGAAAUCAAACGGAAAUGGCGCAGCUGGACAGUGAACCGCUACUUUGCUGUGGAUAUGAAGCAUAGGCACCCAUCCUUGGCCAGCAGCGGUGUGAACGGGGGAACCCAACUCUCCAUUCUCAGCAAAAGCAGCUCACAGAUCCGCAUGUCCAGCUUGCAGGCUGAAACACCAGCCACAUGAAGACCACACAUCCUUUAGACGAACAGACUUGAUACCAAACCAUCUCCAAACUUGUUCUAACAAUCGCCAUCAACAUCCAAGCCCUGUUUACUUUUCUAAUGGGGUCUAUAUGUAGUCAGUCAAAGCAGAACAUUACAUCUUCUGGCCGUCGUGAGACCUCAUGCUUUUGGUAUGGAAAUCUGAAGACCUUACAGUCAAUGAUCUAUUGUGUGCCAAGCAAAGAUGGAUAUUUCGAUGGGCUUCUUGACUGGAUUGAUCUGAAAGGAAAGGAAUUGAUUGCAUUGAAAUCCAGUGUUUCUUUCCGGUAAUCUACUGAUAAUAAGCUAAUAAAAGUGGAAACAAAGUGGAAACAUACCAACAGCGCUUCAGCCAUGGUUUUCUUUUUUGUGAAACACCAAUAAAGCAACGAGAUUCUCAAUAUGAUACAUUA